AUUCACUUUCUUUUCAUCUCUGAAACCAAAAAGCUGUUUCUGCUUCUCCAUUCCCCAAAACCAUUCACACUCUGGAUUCCACAAAAAGCUGUUUUUCCUUUUCCCAUAGUUUCUGAUUUAGAUUUAACCUUUGUUGUUGUUCUUUUCCUUCCUGUUUUGUCUUUUUUUUUGAAUUUUGGGUGUCAUUGUGUAUGUAACAAGAAUUUUGUGUGUACCAUUGAUAUAAAGUUUGGAGCUUUUGAUUGUACUUCUUUUGGGGUGUGUGUAUUCCUGAGCUCCUUUGAUGUAAAGUUUUGAGCUUUUUGUUGUACUUGUUAUUGUGUGUGAGUUUUCAAGAGCUUCUGUUUGAUCAAACAGAAGCUCUUUGUUGCUGUUAUUUGGAAUUUUCUGCUGGUGAUCUCGUUGGAAAACCCGAGCUUUUUGAGGCUCGGGAUCUGAAUUGUGAUGGAGUUUACAGAGGAGAAACUGCAUAGCAGUAUUGCUGUUGCAAAUGGAGCUGACCCUAAGUCAUGCUAUAUGCAAAAGUUCAGGCUCUAUGAGACCCGCUCGAAAUUUUACAUGAUCGGAAGAGACAAAAACAGAACAUUUUGGAGGGUCUUAAAGAUUGACAGAUUGGAGCCAUCUGAAUUGUAUAUCGUUGAAGAUUCAACAGUAUACUCAGAAAUUGAGUGUUGUGACCUUCUAAGGCGGAUACAUGAAGGAAACAUUUCAACAGGGGGGCUUAAAUUUGUAACGACAUGCUAUGGAAUCAUUGGAUUUAUCAAAUUUCUUGAGCCAUAUUACAUGCUGCUUAUAACAAAACGAAGGAAGAUUGGCACAAUCUGUGGGCACACUAUAUAUGCUAUCACAAAGAGCGAAAUGGUUCCAAUUCCACAUGCUACUGUGCGAACCAAAAUGGCUUAUUCUAAGGAUGAGAACAGAUACAAGAAGCUUCUAUGCAGUGUGGACCUUACAAAGGACUUCUUUUUCAGCUACUCCUACAAUAUCAUGCUUAGUCUUCAAAGGAACUUAUCUGAUGAUAAUACUACGGGACAAUCACUUUAUGAAACUCUUUUUGUUUGGAAUGAGUUCUUAACCCGUGGAAUCAGGAAUAGUCUCCAGAAUACUUCCUGGACUGUUGCCUUAGUGUAUGGCUUCUUUAAACAGGUCAAACUUUCUAUUUCUGGCAGCGAGUUCAACUUGACUAUCAUUGCUAGGCGCUCAAGGCAUUAUGCUGGGACCAGGUAUUUGAAACGAGGAGUGAAUGAAAAGGGCAGAGUAGCUAAUGAUGUUGAGACAGAGCAGAUUGUCUUUACUGAUGCUCAUAAUGGAUGCCCAAUGCAAAUCAGUUCUGUGGUGCAGAUCCGGGGUUCAAUCCCUCUGUUCUGGUCUCAGGAAGCCUCUAGAUUGAAUAUAAAACCUGACAUUAUAUUAUCAAGGAAGGACUCUAAUUUUGAAGCCACCCGACUUCAUUUUGAAAAUCUUGUCAAGAGAUAUGGAAAUCCAAUUAUUAUAUUGAACUUGAUAAAGACACGUGAGAAGAGGCCUCGGGAAACUAUUUUGCGAGCUGAAUUUGCAAAUGCUGUUAGGUCUAUUAAUAAAAAUAUUAGAGGGGAUAAUCGCCUGAGGUUCCUUCAUUGGGAUCUGCAUCGGCAUUCACGAUGCAGCAAAGCUACUAAUGUGUUGGCACAACUGGGAAAAGUGGCUGCAUAUGCGCUGAAGUUGACUGGCAUCUUCUACUGUCCAGUGACACCAAAUGUGAAGCUAGAUGGAUUAUUCCAGCAUUCCUACACUGAGAAUAACAAUGUCAUUGAUCUCUGUAUCCCAGAACAAGCUAGUAUAAAUGAGGAUACUAUUGAUAAGGAAACAGAAGUUAGCAAUUGUUACUGUAGUGGUGACGAGAACAAAGAUUCCAGUGUCAAGCCACAGAUGCUUCAAGCUGGGGUCUUGAGGACUAAUUGCAUAGACUGUUUGGAUCGUACCAAUGUUGCUCAAUAUGCUUAUGGACUAGCUGCACUUGGACGUCAGCUCCAAGUUUUAGGAUUUAUUGAAUCCCCAUGUAUAAAUCUUGAUAACCCUUUGGCCAAGGAAUUAAUGGCAGUCUAUGAGUCCAUGGGCGACACAUUAGCCUUUCAAUAUGGGGGGUCUGCUGCACACAAUAAGAUAUUUUCUGAGAGAAGAGGUCAAUGGAAGGCAGCAACACAAUCCCAGGAAUUUAUUCGAACCCUACAGCGUUAUUACAACAACACAUAUUUAGAUGGUGAUAAGCAAAAUGCAAUUAACCUAUUCUUGGGGCAUUUUCAGCCACAACAGGGAAAACCAGCACUGUGGGAGCUAGAUUCAGAUCAGCAUUGCACUGUUGGGAAACGUGGCCUGUAUUUAGCCGAUGACAGCGUCAGGUCAUCUAUUAAAAGAUCGCUAUCAGAUGGCAACAUUCUCUGUGAAAAUGACAAUACAAUUAGGAACUUGAAUGGUACAAAUUGUCAGCACUCAUCUGAAAAACCCAAUAAGCGUUUCCUUUCAGGGUCUACUCCAGACAUCUUUACAUGCGGAAGUGAUAUUUGUCAUUGCAGGCAGAUAUAUGGAGGAAUGGUCAAGGACCAAAAUUAUGAUAUUGAUCAUAUUUGUUACGAUGAACAUGGAGGCAUAUGUGACUGCUCCAAUUUUGUUGAUUUGGACUGGCUUUCUUCCUCUGGAAAUUCUUGUGAAGAGGAAUUACUUGAAAGGUCAACCAGCAUCUCCUCAGAAAAUAUUGCGAAUGAACUAAUAACUACUGAGACAUCUGCUAGUGAAUCUGGAUCCAGCAUGAAGGGAAGGCAGAGUGGAGAAGAAUUCAGCAAACACUUUGAAAACUUUGAACGGUGGGUAACUGAAGGGGAAUUGCUUUAGUUUUGGGACAAAUGAAUGGCCAUGACCCUUAUAACCCCAUCCGAAGGAUGUGGUUCCCUGACUUUGGUGUACAGAAAUAAAUGGUAAGAUAUCAUCAAAAAAUCAAAUAGCAAUGGCAGCAGCUGACUAGCUGAUUUUUGUUGAAGGGGCAAUAUUUGAGUUACUGAUAAUAUUUUUUUUCAAAGUUAUGCAUCAUGGCAUCAUUUGGGAGGUAAUGGUAAUGUCAAUAGGUAAUUCAUUUUUGUGUCUCCCAAAACAUACCAUAAUCAUCAAAUCAACCUUGUAUAUAAUUUUCAUUCAGAAAACUAAAAAAUUUCUUGCAUAUUAUAAUCUGUUUGACCAAUAAAUUAGUUAUCUGCAC